UCGGUUCUUGUUCUGGUCUGCACCUAUACGGUAUGCAACAGGAAGGGACCAGUGCAGCUGGAGAAGCGGGUAGCUCCGAAGGUGGUCUCAAGAGGAUAGUCACCACCCUCACCCGAGCACUAAACAAGAACCAGGGAUACCUCGCAGAUGCAAAGAAGAAACUCACGUUCGAUGGGGUAAACAUUACGGAGUUUCUGAUAGACUAUGAGAACCUAGCAGCCUUACUAAAAUGGACGGAAGAGGAAAGGAUGGAGCACCUAGGGCAGCACGUGUCGCUAAGCUUGGGAAGGGACAUUAUGGCCAUCGUCGCGUCCAGUGGAUCCUGGAAAGAAACCAGGAACGAGAUGAUAAGGAAAUACCUAAAGGCAGAGAAAAUGGCAACAAUGGCCGAAUUAGCAGCAGUCCAGAGGAAAAACUAUGCGACUUACAACGAUUUCCUAAGGGCAUUUACGUUAGUGGCGCUGCGAAUUCCCGGGGUAACGGACCGCAUAACGAGUAAAUAUUUCCUCAGGCAAUUCUCCAAGUUUGAUAAGGAUAAGAUUCUGUCAGCAUACCAGCAGACCAGCAAGUUUGAAUAUACAAGGGAUGUGGAUUUCAGUAUGGUAACAGAUCUUGCAGAGAAGACAAUGGUAGCUGAGACCCUGGCCCUGCUUAAGGAAGGGGAGGUUAUAGACCUGACCGGGAAAACGGGGGAUAAGGUAAAAAAGGGAAUAGAGAGUCUGCAUGAAAGGGUGCACGGGGUUGACAAUAAGAUAGAAAGAAUGGAAAGCGCGCUAUUAGUGAUGCAGGUGCAAGUAUCCCGACCCGCCCUCCCGCCUCAAGAAGCCGUGGUUCCAGCAGCUGUAGCAAACCGGGGAUUUGGCAGAAGGGAUCCGGCCAACGAACAAUGCAAGUAUUGCACCAUGAUUGGGCAUUUCGUACGGGUCUGUCCGAGACUCAAUCACGAUAUCGAGCGGCAGAGGUGCAGCAGGUCCCUCAAAGGCGAGAUCCUCGGACCCAGGGGAGAGCGUGUCAAUUGGAACUCGCCAGGAGGGAUGCGGCGAGCCGUCAUCCUCCUGAAUAACUUAGAGAUAGUUGUCGUAGAAGCAGAGCCCAUAGCCGAGAUUGCAAGCCCGAGACUGCUUAAGGGCCUCAGGCAGCUAUUGACACGUAGACGUGUAGAAGUAGAGGAGGCUCCGGAACCACAGGAACAAGGACCCGAGGAGGCAGGGGCGCCACAAGGAGUCUCUAACCUCCAAAGCAUUCCAGGGGGCCUGGAAGACUUGGAAAAAGCCUUUGAUGAUAUUCGUCUGAGUCUGCCGGACCGAGAAGGUGGCGAAGUAAUUAGAGCACCGCCCGACACUAAACUUAGCUUCCACGCACUGCCUGUAGGAAAACUUAAAGUCCAGGUCGGAACCCACCACACCAAUGCAUUAGUGGCUGGCGGCGCAGAAAUUACCCUCAUACGACGGGAUUUCGCAACAAUCACGGGGUGCACAGUGAACAAGGAGGUAGCAGGAAGUAUCCGGGCAGCGGGGGGAGAAAUUCCCUUCACUGGGUAUGUCACCAAAUGCGCGAUCAAGGCAGGAAUUCGGGAAUCCAUCUGGUCUUUCCAACGGAUGACCGUCAUGGAAGAAGUGGACCAUGACAUAAUCCUCGGGAGACCAUGGUGCGCCAAUGUAGAAAUGAUUGGCAUGCACCUGCAUGAUAGCACAUAUAUGGUAGACAUAGAGGAUCCGGUGACUGGUCGCGGAGAACUCCUCCGACUCCUCGGAACUGGAGGGGACCCUCCCAAGGGUAAGUUGGCAACCUCGUCGCCAACGUUUGAAGAAAGCGCACGGAAAGGCGCAUUCGCACGGAUGCAAGGCAUGAGGGAGAGGGUAGAAAUCAUGAUUGAGGAAGUCUUUAGCAAGAAAGAGUGGAUCAAGAUGGGUCUAUCCCUGAAGAAGAGGAGGCAAAAGGAUGAGGCCCUGAAAGAUAUGAAGGGUCUCCUACAGCGGUUCUUGCUAUAUAAUAUUACCGCAAGUCGGCCAAAGGGCAUCCUGGCUGUCCCGGAGGUAACUAUACUGGGAUUUCGGUCUGGGGCCUAUGGGAGGAGAUCCGACCCAGCAAAGACUGAUAAGAUCUCUCAGUGGCCAACACCCCUGCAUACCACGACGGAAGUACGAGCCUUCCUAGGGGUGGUUGGAUUAUGGAGGAUCUUCAUCAAAGGUUUCGCAAAGAUAGCAGAACCUAUCCGCGCGAUGAUUAGGGAAGGUGGCACUAUGGAUUGGACUGAGGAUAGGGAAGAGGCAGCCCAGACCCUGAAAGACAUCCUGUCGUCCGAUCAGGUUAUCUUAGCAGCACCCUACUUCAAUGACGAAGUAGGACGGCCCUUUAUCCUAGAGACAGAUGGCGGACCGCUGGCAGUUGGAGGAGUACUGAUACAGAAAAGUGAGGAGGGCAAGGAAAGACCGAUCAUAUUUGAGAGCAGGACCUUGAAUUCGGCAGAACAGCGGUACUCGCAGUUUAAGAAGGAGGUCUUAGUAAUCUUGCAUUGCCUUAAGACCUUUCAGGCAUACUUGUUCGGGAGGCGAUUUAUCUUAAGGAUCGAUCCUACGAACGUUGCCGGGGCACUAAAGAAUUACAAACCUAUAGACCCGACCGUUGGCAGAUGGAUAAGUUUCAUAUGGCAAUUCAAUUAUAAGGUCGAGCGGAUCGCGGGGCUUCGAAACAGGGCGGAUGGGCUGAGUAGGGUAUGCAUCACGCUGGAGGGGAUAGAGGACGUGGAACCAAUUGACGCCUUCCUAGAUUACGAAGGGGGGGCCCUUGUUGUGGAUAACGAAAUGGCCGACUCAACGCUUACAACAGGCCAGUUGUUGAUCCAGACCUUGAAAAAGGGCACGCCUGCAAUAGUUGCAGAACUCAGGGAAGGACCAGUCACCACGGUCAGGCGCAAAAAGGAAAAGGACUCGUGGGGAGCAAAAGUUGGGGCCUGAGAGGAGCUGAUGGCAAUGGUCGUGGAAGGGGGACGGGACGCCGUGAUGACGUUGGCCGAAACCUGGGCGCAGAAGGAAUGCCAGUACCUAGUCAACCAGACCCGGGAAGAGCAGGAUACGGAUCGGAAGGAACAAGAGUUCUUCCUCAUACAGAUGUAUGAGGGCGUCUUUAGAGAAAUCGGUCUGCUGCUUGCAAGGAACAAACAACCCUCGGAAGU